GAUUAGCGUUACAUCUCAUUAGUCAAGCUCCUCGAAAGGCAAUGUUUAUCCCAGCUCUAUCAGGAGGUCGGUAAUUGAACGAUUAUACCAGAACGCUUUGAUCAUGUCCGCUUUCUCAAAGUAUAUAAACCCAUUUUGAGCCCCCGAUAACAAUGGCAUUCACUCCACACUUGCAUCCAAUUGCAUUACUUCCUUCUUCUUUUUUAUCUGCGUAUUAUACCCAUCUUCAUCAUGGAGCUCACCAACCUCCUCUCCUUCCUGGCUGUCAUGCUGCCCGUUGCCUACGGUGCUCCCACUCAGGCCGCCGACAGCCUGCACCCUGAGAUCCUCAACGCCAUGAUGCGUGAUCUCGGCCUCAACGCUGAGCAGGCCGUUGCCCGCGUCUCUCACGACAACCAGGCCACUGAGCUCAUCUCCCAGCUUAGCGGCUCCAUUGGCGACAAGUUCGCCGGUGGCUGGAUCGAUGCCGGCAAGACAUACGUCGGCGUCACUGACCAGGCUACUGCCGAGCACGUCAAGGCUGCCGGUGCCGUUCCCGUCGUCAUGAACACCAGCCUCUCCAAGCUCGAGGCCGCCAAGGAGGCCAUGGACCAGCACCUCUCUUCGGCCAUCCAGGCCCGCGACACCGACACCACUGGCAUUGCCUCGUACUUUGUCGAUGUUACUGCCAACAAGCUCGUCGUCGAGUCUCUCGCUGAUAGCCAGGAGCGCGCCCAUGCUCUGGCUGCCCGCGGCAACUUGUCCGAGGGCGACUACGAGGUCCGCAUCGUCAAGAGCCUGCCUUCGGCCGCUGCCAGCGUUAUCGGCGGCAACUCCUACGUCAUUAACGGCAAGACUCGCUGCUCUUACGGCUUCGCUGUCUCUGGUGGCUUUGUGUCUGCCGGCCACUGCGGCAACCAGGGCGACAGAGUUACCGCUGGAGCUUCUGCCGGUGGCGAGUACGUCGGUGACUUUGCCGGCUCGACUUUCCCUGGCAAGGACAUGUCGUACGUCAAGACGGCCAGCAGUGUCCAGCUUUACGGCGCCAUUAACAACUACAACGGCGGUACUAUUCCCGUCAAGGGCAGCCAGGAGGCCGCUCAAGGCGCCAGCGUCUGCCGCUCUGGCUACACCACCGGUGUCCGCUGCGGUACCAUCACCGGCAAGGACCAGACCGUUAUCCUCGACGGUGUGAACAAGGUCUACGGUCUUUCUCGAUCCAGCGCCUGCUGCGACCACGGCGACUCCGGCGGCUCGUUCUACUCUGGAUCUCAGGGUCAGGGCGUCACCUCUGCUACCAACGGAGGCUGCAGCGACGGCGGCUACAGCUACUUCCAGCCCCUGAACCCUAUCCUCCAGAACUACGGCGUCUCUCUUAUCACUGGUUAA